CGCAUCAUUUUGACGUAACGCACACAAGCUAACAGCUGACGCACGCUACAAGUGGAUCCCAAAACUGACAACUCACCUUGCCAGGCCAGUUUUAAAGAUAACUCUUCAAGGUGGUCGACAAGAUGCCCAAGUAUUGUUCUGCACCGAACUGCAAGAAUGAUUCUGGAAACAACAAUUCUGAUAGGAAAAGCUUCUACAAGUUUCCACUGCAGGAUCCAGCUCGGUUAGAGCAGUGGUUGAAAAACAUGGGUCGUGAGGACUGGAGUCCUUCCAGACACCAGUACAUCUGUCAUGAACAUUUUGCAUCUUCCAGCUUCAAGCUGCGUUGGGGGAUUCGCUACCUGGAGAAUAAUGCUGUGCCCACUGUCUUCCAGCUCACUGAGAAACGUAAAGGUGAGGAACACGGUGAGAGUCAGAAAUCCAAAAGGCUGCGACGCGGCAGGAAACCACGGACCACCUCUUCUGACGUUGGGAUGCCAGCUAGCGACUCCACAGACAGUGAUAACACUUUGACACUCUAUGAGGUCACUGUUAACCCCUCAGCGACUGAGGAGGCAGAGCUGCUGGAGGAGCGGGACGUGACUGGCCACACAGUGGACCUUCUACACACAGCACCUCUGCCACUGUUAGCAUCAGAGGGGAGGAGCCAUGACGGGGCUGCAGGAGGCUUCCCUGUCACUGUGUUCCAGACAGUAGAGGAUCUGGGUGGGCUGGACGGGGAGGUGGUGGUGUCACAACAGCUGGAAGAGGUGGUGAGUGGUGUCACAGCAGCCAUCUUGACUGAGGGUCAUGACCUCGGAACGACGGAAGAUGUCGGCAAUUUUGUGUUGUCCCCGACAUCGCUGGUCAUGGAGAACGUCUCUCCUGAGAUGGAGGAGGAGCUGUCUGUCUCCCAGGACGACCACGGCGGUGGGGCUCAGAUCAUCGCCUACUUUGAGACGAUUCCCAACAUUCUGUCCAGCGGGGCGGCUCAGUUCAGCAUCCCCUCAGACACUGUGCUGUCCUCAGCUCUCAGCCCCUCACCCAUCGUCUCCACACUGCCUAUAGUGUCCAAGCACAUGCCCCCAUCUCCUCAGUCACUUAUCCUCACGCUGGAGAGACUGGCGACGGAGGAAGGGGAGACUCCAGAGGAGGACCAUAUGGAACAACAGGGAAGCCAACUGGAGGAACACCGCUACAAUAAGAACAACCUGAGUAAGGAGCAGCUGGAAGCCAUUGUAAUAGAGCUUCAGAAGAAGGUAAAGGUAUUGCAGCAGAGACACAGGAGACACCUGGAUAAACUGGUGGGUCUGGAGAACACCGUCAACCAGCUGAGACAGAACAACUUGCUGAAUGAAGAGAGGGUACAUCUGCUGGAGAGGGUGUGUAUCCAGACCAGUGCCGCUGUAUCGGAGGCAGGAGAGACGGUGGCUAUCAUCUAUGAACAGGACAACACAGCAUACCUCUAUGACGGAUCGGGUUAAACAGCGUACCUCUAUGCCUUGUCUAGUAUAAAGACCGAGAAAGAAAGUUAGGGUCCAGAACAGAGACAAGAUGGGGUCAGCUACCAGAACAUAUACGGGGUCCAGAACAGAGACAAGAUGGGGUCAGCUACCAGAACAUAUACGGGGUCCAGAACAGAUACGGGAUGGGGUCAGGGUCCAGAACAGACAGAUGGGAUAGGUAGUUAUCUUGCUAAAGUGAUGAGGAAUCUAUUUCAUAUGGACCCUGCAUGUUAUGUGGUGUGAAAAUCAGAAACUUUAUUGUGUAUUCUUGGAAUUUCAGAAGAUGGAGACUGAUCUGUUUGGAUGAACUAGUGUCUGUUUUAUUAUUUAUUAGUGUCUUAGGUCUUAUUAUAAAAUGGGUGGUUCCAGCCCUGAAUGCUGAAAGCUGUGGUAUAUCAGACUGUAUACCACCGCUAUGGGCUGUGUCCGGGCACUCUGUGUUGCGUCGUGCUUAAGAACAGCCCUUAGCCAUGGUAUAUUGGCCUUAACUCUUAUUAUAAACUGUGUGGUUUGAGUCUUGAGUGCUGAUUGGCAUAACAGACCGUAUACCACGGUAUGACAAAACAUACAUUUUUACUGCUCUAAUUAUGUUGGUAACCAGUUUAUAAUAGCAAUAAGGCACCUUGGGGGGGGGGGGGUAUAUGGCCAAUAUACCACGGCUAAGGGCUGUACCCAGGCACUCUGCUUUGCAUUGUGCUAAAGAACAGCCCUUAGCUGUGGUAUAUUGGCCAUAUACCACACCCCCUCAGCCCUAAUUGAUUAAUUAUUUUACUAGUGUUUGUCUGUGUCAGUUAUUACAGUUUGGAGAGACAUUAGUCAGUCUGUUGGUAGUUUCGCUGGGACAGUGGGAAUGUACUAAAAUGGUAUUCUGUUUUGUUUAAUCUUAUGUUAUCCCCUGCUGUAAAUGUAAUUAUUUUCUUUCAGAAUGUUAGUUUGAUGUUGAACAAAAAAUUUGCUCUGUCAGCUUGUUGUUUGUGUGUUGGAAGUAUUGACAAAAUACAAUAUUGAUUUGCACCGAC